AUAAAAGUAUCGGAGCGCAUAAAAAACGAGCUCAGUAGUGAACGGCACUUUGCAACGCCAACGGCUAACAACGGACUAACUAAAACGCGUGUUGCUCGGUCGAAAUCGAAUAAAAGCAAAGAAAAAACUCUAAUUCAAAGGACACACAAGAGUGCUUAGAGUGCAGAGCCAAGGCAAUGCAUGGCAUUUGUAUCUGCAAGAUACAUUGUGCAGUUGAAACGUGGCCAUAAAACUGCAUUAUUUGCGACUGCUAAACUGCGCUUCAACUCUGCGCUGUAAGCCGUAAGCAGUGGCCAGUAACUUGUCAUCAUCAUUGGGGGCCAACUGUGGGCCAGACAAAAUUCCUCGCACAGCGCCGUCGGCAACAUCAUGACAGCCGCUAAGUGGGGCACCGUCACAAGGCAGACGCCCCAAAAAUAGACGCGGCAACGCCAAAGGCAACGGCAACAACAACAACGGCAACAAAUCGGAAAUGCUUGCGGCAACCGUCUUGCAGAUGCCGCCACAAUCUCAAUCCCGCAACAGCGGCCUGGUGCUGGGCGUCUGUCUCGACCAGCUGAUGCAGCAGCCAGCAACAAUGACAGCAGCCAAGUCACUGCCAGACUCAGAGUUUAGCAAGGAGAAGCAGUUGACAACAUCGCGUUCCAUGCGCUGUUGGCCACCGCCCUGCUUCAUUCUGUUCGUCUCGCUGCUCGAGAUCUUUGUCUUUGUCUACGUUGGCUCUGCACCGCCGGAGGACUCGUUGCUCAUCUAUCGACCGGAUCGUCGCCUGCAACUUUGGCGUUUUAUCUCCUAUGCCCUGCUCCAUGCCAGUUGGCUGCAUCUUGGCUUUAAUGUGUUCACCCAGUUGCUUUAUGGCCUGCCACUAGAGUUGCUACAUGGCUCGGGACGCACUGCGGUCGUCUAUUUGGCUGGUGUGCUCGCUGGUUCGUUGGGCACCAGUGUUGUCGACUCCACAGUGUAUCUGGUUGGGGCCAGUGGCGGUGUCUAUGCUCUGCUGGCUGCCCAAUUGGCCAAUGUCUUGCUCAACUUUGGCCACAUGCGACACGGACUCGCCCAGCUGCUUGCUGUCAUUAUUUUCGUCUCUUGCGAUCUGGGCUAUACGUUGUACUGCCGCCAAAUGGCCUUGUUGGAGUAUCAACCUGGCGCUGGACCCGCGAUCUCAGUCUCGUACAUUGCGCACAUGACGGGCGCCUUGGCAGGACUCAGCAUGGGACUGUUUCUGCUCCGACAACUGGAUGGCAGCCUGCGUCCUCGAUUGCUGCGCUGGCUCGCUUUGGGUGUGUGGGCCACGUUUAGUGGAUUUGCCUUUGCUUUUAAUUUGGUCAACACGGUGACUGCUCAGCUGUUGGCCGAGGAGGAGGGCGAGGUGAUCAAGCAGCAUUUGUUGCACGAUUUGGGCAUGGAGCGUUGAGAGACCGCAACAAAACAAAACAAAGACUGAUGAACCCAGUCAGGCCCUGAAACUAUACUCGAUCAUAUCUGAAUAAUAGACUAGUCAUUAGCUCGUAAUGCAUUCCAGGACAAUGUGCUCAAAAAAGUAUAACUCUAAGAACCUGUAAAACAGAUUGAAGAGUUCUCUCUUCUCUCUCGUGUCGUUCAGGUGCGCUCAAAUGGAAAUCAUAUGCUAACAAUUAUCUUAUGUAAAUGCCAAAAAACAAAAACUAAGAAUGGAGAAAUACUUAAAUUUGCUAACUGAGCGAGGCUCAAAUACAGAGACUUUGAUAACCCAUGCAAACUAUGCCGCUUAAGAAUAGAGUUCCUCUAUUCAUCCUACUUAGUGCUAUGAUAUUCUAUACAAUAUAUGUUUAUGAAAUCAUCCAUGUAUUUAUGAAAUUAUUAAAUGCCAGUCUUAGCUAGUUAGGCUACCAAUAACUCAAGUCCCAUCCCAAAUGCGGAAACCGUCAAUGCAAUAAAAUAUCU